AUGGCAAGAUCACGACGCCGAGCCGGUAAAGAUGGCCAUGGCGGACAGGCUAGCAUGGGCAGCAGCGUCGUUAAUCUGCUGAAUACAAUUGUUGGAGCUGGCACACUUGCCAUGCCAUCGGUCUUGUCGCACAUGGGAAUUAUGCUGGGAACUCUCCUUAUCAUCUGGUCUGGAUUCACUUCUGCGUUCGGCCUCUACCUCCAGUCCCGAUGCGCGCGUUAUCUCGACCGCGGAACGUCCUCCUUCUUCGCCCUGUCCCAGUUGACGUAUCCAAAUGCAUCCGUCAUCUUCGAUGCGGCCAUCGCCAUCAAGUGCUUCGGUGUUGGAGUUUCAUACAUGAUCAUCAUUGGCGACCUUAUGCCCGGAGUGGCCUUGGGCUUCAACAGCAACGCGGACAAGAUUCCCUAUCUGGUGGACCGGAAUUUUUGGAUCACUGCUUUUAUGCUCCUGGUUAUCCCUCUGAGUUUUCUAAAGCGACUCGACUCACUCAAAUAUACUAGCAUAGUCGCUUUGGUAUCGAUUGGAUAUCUCAUUAUUCUAGUCAUCUAUCACUUUUCCGUGGACCCCCAUGCCGAUCCAAGCAACAUCCGAGUCAUUCAAUGGGCUGGAGCCGUCGAGACCCUCAGCGCGCUGCCUGUGGUUGUUUUCGCCUAUACUUGUCACCAGAACAUGUUCUCCAUCAUCAACGAGAUCAAGGACAAUUCCCCACCCAGCAUUGUGCGAGUCGUAGGAUCUAGCAUUGGGUCUGCAGCAUCCAUCUAUGUCUUGGUGGCCAUUACUGGAUACAUCACUUUUGGUAAUUCCAUUGUUGGAAACAUUGUAUCCAUGUACCCCACCGGAGUCGCCUCUACAAUUGGAAAAGCAGCAAUCGUUGUCCUCGUCCUAUUUUCCAUUCCUUUACAGGUCCAUCCUUGUCGUGCCUCUCUCGAUGCCGUCUUCAACUGGCGACCCAGCAGGGGAAACUCAAGCGGCGGCCGUGCUGGCUCCCCUCUACUGAACUCGUCAUCGGCACAGCGUGGUGACCACGGCAGCACUGCACCAAUGUCUGAUCUCAGAUUUGCCCUCAUUACUACGAUUAUUCUAACUCUAGCUUACAUCACUGCUCUCUCAGUCAGCAGCCUUGACCGUGUUCUUGCCUUUGUCGGUAGCACGGGAUCUACAUCCAUUAGCUUCAUUCUACCUGGUCUAUUCUAUUAUAAAAUUAGCGAUCCCGAAAGUGUCCACCAUCAGCGCUUAGCCAAAGAGGACGACGAUAUGGAUGGCUCUGACGAUUCUGACGUUGAGGACUCCGGAGCGCUUGCCCAGAGCACCCACAGCAUUCGCAGUGCAGCCAGUGCCGCUAGCAAUCGGAGCGGAAGUGCCCUGCGCUGGCGUAGAAAGUGGCGAUGGGAUUUGGAGCAUGUCGACAACGGCCUUUUACGAAAGAUGGCUCUGGCCCUAGCGAUUUACGGCAUGGUCGUGAUGGUGGUUUGCUUGGUUAUGAACAUUUUCUUCAUUACGGCUGCCCACUAAGAAUGAUUUGACAUAAAGUUAUCGUUUUGCGGAGACACCAGCAGAAAGAGUGCCACUCAGUCUUUCUUUUUGGAGAGGCGUUUUUUUUUGGUCUUACAACAUACCACAGAGCUUAUUGACACGCGUGGAGUUUAGACAAGGGUGGUUUACGGCGUUGAUUUCUUUCUUUUCAUUUUUCUUUUGGAAACGUGGGUAUACCGAUGACGAGAGAUGUUGUUUGACGAAAAGCCCUGCAGCGAGUUGUAUAGUCAUCCUUUUGUGAUGCACAGGGUUUAUGAUAUCGAAGCGCUAUUACGUCCCAGCGGGGGUGGAAAUAUGUUGUGGCAUGAGUCAUUAAAGAGAGAGGGAGAGAUGGAUAUCCUUAGAAUGAUAUGAGCACUAUUAGUAGCAGGGUAUAGAAUCAUUUCAACAGAUCAAUACAGAUGCCUCUAGCCUUUUAUUG